AUGUACAGGUUCAGGAUCGGAGCUGGCGUGAGACGCUUUUCCGUCUCUGCGCUGAGAAGGACAUCGUCGAGUGGCGUCAAACAGGCAAUGCCCACGUCUGGGGCCCAGCCGCCUCAGGGAUCAUCAAUAUCUCUCAAGUCCGCAACAAGAGAUCCUUCGGAGUAUGGCACAAGACCGAUAUACUUGGAUAUGCAGGCAACAACGCCGACAGACCCACGUGUGUUGGACAAAAUGCUGGAAUUUUAUACGGGGCUUUAUGGCAACCCGCACUCGUCUACCCACGCCUAUGGAUGGGAGACCGAUAAGGCUGUUGAGGAGGCGCGCGCAAACGUCGCUGCCGUGAUCGGCGCAGACCCAAAGGAGAUUAUUUUCACUUCGGGCGCCACCGAAUGUAACAACAUGGCUCUGAAGGGCGUGGCUCGGUUCUACGGAAAGAGCAAGAAGCACAUCAUCACCACCCAGACCGAGCACAAGUGCGUUCUGGACUCCUGCAGACAUCUGCAGGAUGAGGGCUUCGAGGUGACAUAUUUGCCGGUCAACUCGGACGGUCUGAUCGAUUUGGAGCUUUUGGAGAAGUCUAUCAGAAAAGAUACCUGUUUGGUGUCUGUUAUGGCUGUGAAUAACGAGAUAGGAGUGAUCCAGCCUUUGGAGGAUAUUGGCCGCAUCUGUCGCUCGCACAAGGUGUUCUUCCACACCGACGCCGCCCAGGCGUACGGCAAGAUACCGAUCGACGUCAACAAGUGCAACAUUGACCUGAUGUCGAUCUCGUCACACAAGAUAUAUGGACCUAUGGGUGUUGGUGCCACGUACGUGCGAAGACGGCCUAGAGUCAGACUGGACCCAAUCAUCAACGGCGGAGGCCAAGAGAGAGGUCUGCGGUCCGGAACUUUGGCUCCUCCGCUUGUUUGUGGCUUUGGAGAGGCCGCAAGACUGAUGGUGCAAGAGUACGAUGCAGACCAGGCCCACAUCAAGGCCCUAAGCACGAAGCUGAUGGAUGCCCUGUUGUCUAUGGAGCACACACAAUUGAACGGAUCCCGCAUCCAUAGAUACCCUGGCUGCGUUAACGUUUCCUUUGCGUACAUCGAGGGAGAGUCUCUUUUGAUGGCAUUGAAGGACAUUGCUCUUUCGUCAGGAUCCGCCUGCACGUCCGCGUCUCUUGAGCCUUCGUACGUUUUGCAUGCUCUGGGCGCCGACGACGCCCUUGCACACUCAUCGAUCCGGUUCGGCAUCGGCAGAUUCACCACCGAGGCCGAGGUCGACUACGUGAUCCAGGCCCUGACCGAGAGAGUCAAGUUCUUGCGGGAGCUGAGUCCGCUGUGGGAGAUGGUCAACGAGGGAAUCGACUUGAAUUCGAUCGAAUGGGCAGGACAUUGA